UCUUGCCAGCGAUUAUAUACACAGCAUUACAUUUUUUUCCUUUGAUCCUGGGCCCUCGCUCGGUUCUCUUCUCCUGCGCUCCUCCCGUAAGGGUCUGUUCUGGUCGUCGCGGGCGCCUCUGUCUUCGUCCGUAUCUCGCCCCUUCCCUCCGCGGUAUCGUCCCUGGCCUCUCGGCGCCGCCCCUGACCUCCGUCCUUCUUCAGAUCAUCGCUUCCGUCUCGCCCAGACAGCACACACCCGCCAUGCCUGCUCCCUCGCAAUCGUCCGUCUACUACAUCGUCGUCCUGGGCGACGGUGGUGUCGGCAAGACCGCCCUGACGACUCAAUUCUGCCGCCAGCAAUUCCCCGACAUUUACGACCCCACCAUCGAGGACUCGUACCGCAAGCAGGCCAUGAUCGACAACAAGGCAUGCACCCUGGAAAUCCUGGACACCGCUGGACAAGAAGAAUAUAUCACCCUGAGAGAUCAGUGGAUUCGCGACGGCGAGGGCUUCCUCCUAGUAUACUCCAUUGCUUCCCGCCGCACCUUUGACCACGUCGAGCAGGCCCGAGUGCAGAUCGAGCGCGCCAAGGAGGAUCAAAAGUUCUCGAUUGUCCUGGUCGGCAACAAGGCCGAUCUGGUCGCCGAGCGGGAGGUGUCGAAAGAGGAAGGCAAAUUCAUGGCAAGCCGCAUCGGCGCAACCUUCUGCGAGACCUCGGCAAAGACAGCCAUCAACGUUGAGUUUGCAUUCCACGAGGUGGUUCGACAGAUCCGAGCCAACAACGGCCACCAUUCUGGCGACGGCCGCAAGAACCCGAAAGAGUGCAUGCUGAUGUAAACCGGGCUCGGAGCAAACCAUAACCAAAAUGUGAUCCCCCCCACCCUCGCACCUCGAUCUCCCUAUAUCGCUAUCCCUUUGCUUUCGGUCAUCUCCUCCAGUCCCCAGUCUCUCUUGCUCGCGUAUCUCUCUCUCUCUCCUUCAUUUCUUCUGAACAACACAAUAUCAAUGCGUUUCGACCGCAAUCCACUGGGGCUCUCCUGAACCCCUGGAUAUGGCCAUGACGACGCCAUGUACUCUUGCGAUGACCUGACUGAAUGAUGUCGAUCGGCGCUCACGUUGCUGCAAUGGAAUUGGGCAUGAGGAAUCGUGGAAAUGAUCUCACCAACUCACUUGGUCGUUCCUGGCCGAAGCGUAUAAUUUGAUCCGGCUCUGACGUGCUUUUGUCGAAGAGCGACACCAGAGACAUUGUCUUUUUCAACACGCUGUAUGCAACAUGA